AUGGGUUUCUUGGGCUUGUUCAAACUGACACACUUCCAGCCCGACAGGUUCGAGCAGGAGCUCUCGGCGCUCACACAGGCCAUCUCGCUGAACAGCGAGCAUACGGCCGCGCUCCAGCGCAAACAACGCGUGUGGCGCCGCCACCUCAUUUUGUACGGCGCCAUGCUCUACUUCUCGUACGUGGCCGUGCGAUACAAGGCCUCGUGCACCAAUACGGGCCCGCGGGGCCCUGGCCGCUCGCGGCUCGCCGCGUUUGUGGCCGCGCUGCUGGCUCGCGACUUGGCCGCCGUGGCGUUGUUGCCGGUGUUCAUAGCUAUAGUAGUAUACGUGGUGGACGCCAUGUUCGGCGUGUUGCUCCGCAGCAAGAACCGCUCGAUGCAGGCGCUCUUGCAGAAGCACAAAGCCAAGCUCGACGAGUUGAAGCAGGUGACCAACUUCAGCCGGACCAACCAGAUCUUGGAGAAGUUCGGCAGCGGGGGGGACCAGGUGGCUAGGGCGCCGGACGCGGCCAACGCGCCGGAACCGGCGCUUGCCGCCACUGCCAGCGGGGCCAGAAACCCGGCUUUUGCCGCCACGGUCAACGAGCCCAGAAAUCCGGCGCUUCCCCCCACGGUCAACGUGCCCAGGAAACCGAGGCAGUCCUCCGACGUGGAGAGCCGGGCCCCGGGCCCGAGGCCCGCCCCGGCCCGUGCCGAGCCGGCCAAGUUGUCUUUGCAGGACCGGCUCCUCGACUUCAUCAUUGGCCUGGACCACAACGAGAACGUCGAGAACCGGUACGCGUUGAUCUGCGCCAACUGCUACACGCACAACGGCUUGGCGCCGCCGGGCUGCGACAAUCCCGUCAGCGUCACCUACAUUUGCCGCCACUGCGGGUACAUAAAUGGGAUAAAGUCUGAAACGACGCCCGAAGCGAGGCCGGAGGCGGGCGACACUGAAUCUCCUGCUUCCACCCUGACGAAGUAG